AGGUUUAAAACUGGGACUGCAGCCUUCUCCUCGACAGCAUGUCGGGCUGGACUGUACAGCAGAGGCUGGAGGGAGACACGUCUAGUUCAAUUCUAGCAAGGUACGGGUAUCAAAUUUAAAAAAUGGGUGACAGAAACGAUAGAGUCCCCAUGAUGACACGCAGAACAAGGAGAACCACCAUCUGCGCUACGCCAGCGGGUGCCAAUUCUAAACAAGCCAACGGCAGCGCAGGGGAAAAAACUUCAAGCCAACCGAGCCACAGCAACCGGAAAGUGAAGGAGGAAAAACGGGUGAACGAGCCGGUCACUACACCACGCAAGGAGAGGAACAAAACCAGCGAAAGGUUUAGCUGCCAUGUCCUCCAGGAGUCCCUGCUCAGCUCAGCCAGUGGUUACAGUAACUAUAGAGGCAUCCUCAACUGGUGUGUGGUCAUGCUGGUCUUGUGCAAUGCACGCCUUUUCCUGGAGAAUCUAAUAAAAUAUGGGAUACUGGUGGACCCCAUCCAAGUGGUUUCACUGUUCUUAAAAGACCCAUAUAGCUGGCCUGCAUCUUGCCUUAUCAUUGUUUCGAACGUGUUCAUAAUGGCAGCUUUGUACACGGAGCGGAGGCUAUCAGUGGGCACCAUCUCAGAGACUACCGGAACAUUCCUUUACUUGGUCAAUCUGACCACCCUACUCUUUUUCCCAUCAGCCACUGUGCUCAUGCUGACCUCCAUUACCCCAGUGGGUGGAGCCUUUGCCCUGUGUGUGUAUACCAUCCUCUUCAUGAAGUUGUAUUCGUAUAAGGAUGUGAACAUGUGGUGCAGAGAGAUUAGGCAUACCAAAGCCCGCACCCUGACCCGCUCCCAUUCAUGUCCAUCAGUCGCCCAAUCAAAUGGGUCAGCUGUACAUACUCAUGUGUCCUACCCUGGGAAUCUCACACACAGAGAUAUAUAUUACUUUGUGUUUGCCCCAACUCUCUGCUAUGAGCUGAACUUCCCCCGGUCACCACGGAUACGCAAGAGCUUCCUGCUCAGGAGACUCUUUGAGAUGCUGUUCUUCAUACAGUUACUGAUUGGAUUGGUACAACAGUGGAUGGUGCCGACUAUUCAGAACUCCAUGAAACCAUUCCAGGAUAUGGACUUUUCCAGAAUGAUAGAGCGCAUGCUGAAACUGGCUGUUCCCAAUCAUUUAAUCUGGCUCAUCUUUUUCUAUUGGUUUUUCCACUCUUCCAUGAACUUCGUAGCUGAGCUGAUGCGGUUCGGCGACAGGGAGUUUUACCAGGACUGGUGGAACUCUGAGACGGUCACUUAUUUCUGGUCUAACUGGAACAUUCCUGUGCACAAGUGGUGCCUCCGCCACUUUUACAAGCCUCUCAUGAGGAGAGGUGUGAAUAAGUGGAUCGCUCAAACAGCCAUCUUCCUGGUCUCCGCCUUCUUUCACGAGUACUUGGUGAGCGUUCCUCUGAAAAUGUUCCGACUGUGGGCGUUCAUGGGCAUGAUGUCUCAGAUUCCACUCGCCUGGUUCGUCGGCCGCUUCCUGAGAGGUAACUAUGGCAAUGCGGCAGUCUGGAUCUCGCUCAUCAUUGGCCAGCCCAUCGCCGUACUGAUGUACGUCCACGACUUCUACGUAUUACAUUACGUGUCACAAUCAUGAGCAGUUGGCCGCAAGCAGAGGAGCAAUAUAUUAUACUAAAUAAGGAAAAAUGUAAAUGUUUAUUUUGAAAGGGAAAUGUUUUAUAUGAAGCUCGACUGAUUAGUAAGAAUGUACUACAAAAAGUUCUUGGCCUUCAGAUGCCAUUUCUCGAAUGCACUGAUACACUAGAGACACUUGGCUCUCGUCCUGUCAUGUGCAAUUGUUGUGAACCACUGCCCUGCCAAAGCUACAGAACAUUUGUAUGCCUUUUCUCUGUUUCUUACUUUAAUAGUCUACAACUAUGAAGAUCAAUGCAAAAAACUCUACAAUACCUGUCAAAGUUUUGGACACACCUACUCAUUCAAGGGUUUUUCCUUUAUUUUUACUAUUUUCUACAUUGUAGAAUAUUAGUGAAGACAUCAAAAAUAAUAACACAUGGAAUCAUGUAGUAACCAAAAAAGUGUUAAACAAAUCAAAAUAUAUUUGAGAUUCUUCAAAGUAGACACUUUUUGCCUUUGACAGCUUUGCACACUAUUGGCAUUCUCUCAACCAGCUUCACCUGGAAUGCUUUUC